AUGUCGAGCGCCUGCAUGUCCGUUUCUCGAAUUGUUCCGCGUACUGCAGCGCCAUGUGGACGCCGUGGUGGCAGCCGGCCGGCCGCGCGGAGGUGGAUGAGCAGCAGCAGGCAGUCCGCAGCGAAGCGACCGAAGACUGCCAUAUUCUUCCCCGGCCAGGGCGUGCAGCGCGUCGGCAUGAUUACGCCAUGGCUCGAGGCCUUCCCGCGCACCGCGAAGCCCAUCCUCGACGAGAUUGACGCCACGCUCAACCUGCCGCACACGCCGCUCACCCGUAUCAUCGAGUCUGGCACCAAUGCCGAGCUCACGAGCACCGAGAACGCGCAGCCCGCCAUCAUGGCCACGAGCAUCCUCAUCCUGCGCAUCCUGGAGCAGGAGUUUGGCUUCAACACGACUGAGCGCGUCGACAUCACCCUCGGCCACUCGCUGGGCGAGUUCGCCGCCCUGGUGGCCGGCGGCUAUCUCACCUUCCAGGACGCACUGAAGAUGGUGCGGCGCCGCGCAGAAGUCGCCAGCAACUGCAGCAAGGAGGCCGUCGAGAAGGAAGGCGGCGAGUUCGGCAUGGUCGCCCUGGUCUGCGAGUCCGAGGAACACAUGACGGCCCUCGUCGCGGCGAUCCACGAGUUCCUGCGCCUGGGCGGCUCGCGCUCAGACUCCAACGACGACCUGCCCGCCGUGCAGCAGGUCCUCAUCGCCAACAUCAACUCCAAGAACCAGAUCGUGCUCAGCGGGAGCAUCGCGCGCAUCAACACGCUGCUGACCAACCUGCGCCAGUUCGGCGGCCACGAUCCGCGCCACGUGCGCCUCAAGUCCGACACGCCCUUCCACGGCCCGCUGAUGAAGCCCACGUACGAGACGGUGAAGCGCAUGCUGUACAAGCAGAAGCCAGACGGCAGCGACAUUGUCACAUGGCCGGGCCUCAUGCCGUGCGUGUCAAAUGUCACGGGCAAGCCGUACGAAAGCAAAGAUCAGUUGAAGGACCUGCUCGCACGCAGCUGCAUCGAGACGGUGCAGUGGUGGAAGAGCGUCAAGUACCUGCACGAAGAAGAGAAGGUGCGCCGCUACGUCGGCAUCGGGCCGGGCAAAGUGGGCAGGAACCUGGUGGGCAAGGAAGUCGGCAUGAAGGGCGCCGUCAAGGGCGGCGGAGUCUGGGCCAUCACGAGUCCCAAGGACAUGGAGGAGGUUGUGCGCGCGCUCGACGACACAGAGACGAGCGAAGACUGA